AUGAGAAUAGAAUUACCGGAAAUGCGGCGUUGCUGUUUUUGCUUUCCGUUACGGAGAGGUGUUUUGGCAUAUGGAUAUGUUUGCUUGCUUUUCACUCUAUUCUGCCUGUGGCUGGAGAUAUACCUCGGGUACGGUGACCUCACGGGAAUGACAUUGGUAGCCUAUCAUGGCAACAGUUUCUUCACCCGGGCGUGGCUGGCAAUUUUAUUAUACGUUAUAGAUUUCGUUUUCACGAUUAUUAUGUUAGUUGGGGCACAUAUGAAACGGGUUCGUCUUCUAACGAUAUAUUUCUACUACGGCGUGACUACUACACUGGCUACCUUCCUCACGAUGUUUAUAAUUAACUACGACUUAUUUAACAGAGACCUAUAUAAUGUGAUUAUAGAAAUCACAUUCAUCUUUUUUGCUUUAAUUCUCCAUGUUUAUAUGCUGUGUUUGGUGUGGAACAUGAUCAAGAGGUUAAAACAGAACAGUGGACUGACCUUCGUGAACCAAGUCGCUGAAGUGGUUAUAGAAUAUCCCACUGAAAAUAUACAGAAUCCUCUUUAA